AUGAAGAGCGCUGUAGUAUUUGGUGUCAUUGUUUGUGUAGGCCUACUUAUCGUGCACGUGCAAGGUCAGGCCAGGACCAGUGUGAGCAGAUGUUUGUGUCGGGGUUUUGGGUUAAACCACGUACGACUACAACUUAUCGACAAGGUGGAAAUUUAUCCUGCCAGUCCAUCUUGUGACAAAGUGGAAGUCAUAGUUGUCAUGAAGAACGGUAAAGUGAAAAAAUGUUUAAACCCAGAAUCCAAAUCUGCCAAGAAUUACAUUAAGAAAGCCCUUCAGAAGAGGACUAAGCUGAUGGAAAACACCACUGACUAGAUGGAC